AUGGACCUCCAGGAGACACAGCGUCUCCUGACCGAAUACCUUCACGAACUCGCGCACCUCUUCCAUCGUGUCCCCGGCUCGGCAAUCUUCCUGCGAUACGUUAAAUCCAGCUAUCAGGAUGACCCAAUUCGCUCUGCAGUCGAGCUCUUCCUGUUCCUCUUUGCUGUCCGCUAUUUGCUUGCCCCUAAAUACUCGACCAAGCCCGGUGUUGUGCCAUUGACCGAGGAUGAGAUCGAUGACCUUGUUGAUGAGUGGAUCCCCGAGCCGCUUGUGGCCCAGCCCACUGCUCUGGAGGAGAUGGAGGUCGAAAAGCGGAUGGUGAUUGUUGGUCCUGUCGGUCCCAAGUCCAAGCUCGCAAACGGUCGUACUGUCAACAACCUCUGCUCCUUUAACUUUUACAACUUCAACACAAACGAGUCCCUCAAGGAGCAGGCCAUCCAGACCCUGCGCAACUAUGGCGUCGGUCCUUGCGGCCCCCGCGGCUUCUACGGUACCCAGGACGUGCACAUGAAGACUGAGGCUGAUAUCGCUUCUUUCUUGGGCACUGCGGCCUGUAUCAUGUACUCACAAGCAUUCUCUACUAUUUCUAGCGUCAUUCCUGCUUUCUCCAAGCGUGGUGACAUUAUUGUUGCGGAUAAGGGUGUUAGCUUUGCUAUUCGGAAGGGUAUUCAGAUCUCCCGCAGUAUCGUUCGGUGGUACGAGCACAAUGAUAUGGAAGACCUGGAGCGUGUUCUCGCCAAGGUUACCAAGGAGCAGGCCCGGAAGCCGCUGACUCGGCGAUUCAUCAUCACCGAGGGACUUUUCGAGUCAUAUGGUGAUAUGGUCGACCUACCCAAGAUCAUCGAGUUGAGACUCAAGUACAAGUUCCGUCUCAUUCUCGACGAGACCUGGUCCUUCGGAGUUUUGGGCCGCACCGGACGUGGUAUCACCGAGCACCAGAAUGUCGAUGCUGCCGAAGUUGACAUGAUUGUGGGAUCAUUGGCUGGUCCCCUUGUCGGAGGUGGAGGUUUCUGUGCAGGAUCCGAGGAAAUUGUUCACCACCAACGGAUUUCAGCCGCGGCAUACACCUUCUCCGCCGCGCUUCCUGCUUUGCUUUCGACCACCGCUAGUGCGACUAUCAAUCUUCUCCAAAAUAGCCCCGAGACCGUUUCCCAGCUACGAGAGUUCACGAAGGCUAUGCGGGCUCAGCUAGAUCCUCGCAGUGAUUGGGUCUACUGCACUAGCGCUCCAGAGAACCCAGUUCUUAUUUUGGUUAUCAAGCCGGAGGUUGUGACAUCCAAGAGACUCACCUACGAGGAUCAGCAGUACUUGCUCCAGGAUGUUGUCGACGAGUGCCUUGCCAACGGAGUCCUUAUCACCCGCCUUAAGACACUUGAAGACAACUUCCAGCCCAAGCAGGUCGUGCCAGCCGGUCUCAAGGUCUGCGUCACUAUUGGCCUGACCAAGAAAGAGAUCGAGAAAGCUGGCACCAUCAUCCGGCACGCUAUCACGAAGGUGAUGAGCAAGAAAAAGUGA